GACGGGACGACGCUGCUCCUGGGCUGCCUCGGCACGGUGAACCGCCUUGUCCACCGGGAGAUCGAGUUCAUGAUGUCCCGCGGCGCCGACCCCUCGCUCGCGAGCAGCUCUGGCACGACCCCGCUGCACGCGCUGGCGUCCGCGAAGGCGGGAGACCAGUCGACGGCCUACGUGCCGCACCCCUUCGAGGCGGAGCGGCUCCGCAGGGUCUCCGGCUGGGCAGCGCGGCCGAAGAAGAAGGAGGAGGUCGACAUGGACUCCGACGAG